AUGGCAUCCUGGGUGGACUUCAACAGUGGCACAAGUCCAUUCCAGACCGCGAUUGUACUCAGUCUACUGUUCCUGCUCCUGGUUAUAGCCACAGAUUUGAUUGAUGGACACAUUCAACGGAGACGCCUCCGGGGAAUCCCUCUCAUUGACGAUGGCAGUCGCUUGUCGCCUGUCCUGAGAUGGACGCGUUCAAAGUGGGAUCUGAAAGCGGCCUACUCUCAUGCUUAUCAAACGUAUACCAAGCAAGGGCUACCUUGGGCAGCUCGACUACCACAUAAUGGAUAUUGUGUCAUUCUGCCAUGGGAGUCAAGCAGAGGAUGGCGCAAUUUGCCGCGAGAUCAUGUCAGCUUCAUGCAUAUGGUCAAUGUGGUCAAUGGGAUGGACUACCACCAUAGUGACGUUACGGCACAAUUACCCGUUGAUGCCAUCUACAAAUAUAGCAAUAGAGAAUCAUCCCUGCGACAAUUCGAGGAGACUUUCCUGCGCAGUCUAUCCGACUUCCUACCAGGUACAUUUCCCAUAGGGGAGAACAACGCGUGGUAUGAAGUCAAUACGAUGGAAGCAAUGUUCAGAAUGAUGAUGAAAGUCGCUGCCUCCUUCCUCAUUGGACCGGAGUUCGCGACUGACGAUGAUUUUGUCACUUUGACACUAUCGUAUACGUCCCAGAUCAAUGCGGUCACCACAGCAGUCUACUCAUAUCCGCGCAUUCUCCGCCCCCUAGUAUGGCAGAUGGCUCCCGCCUGCCGUGGGAUACGAUCCAGCAUCGCGGCCUUAAAGAAGAAACUGAUUCCGGAAAUCCGGGCUCGGGUGAAUCGGGCUCGAUCUGGUGAAAAGAAAGAAGGACUGUCGUUGCUGGACGUCUUGAUUGACACAGCUCUUCAACAAGACAACUUCGAAUGUGAUGCAAGGUCAGCCGAGGCAGCACGGAUGGUGGACCAGUUGGCGCAGCAUACGAUGUUUUUCUUCUUCGAUGCGGCAGGGCCCAUCGCGAUGUUAACGUCACUCAUGUUGUACCGCAUCAUGGCGACUCCCAUCCACGCUGCACCUUUGCGAGCCGAAAUCAAGGAAGCUCUGAACGCUACGGGGAGCGAAUGGAGAUUCGAGAUCUUGAGCCGAAUGCCGCGACUGGAGAGCUUUAGCAGAGAGGUAUUGCGUCUACAUGUGCCCCUCGUUUGGUCGCUUGGCCGGCAGAUAUUAAAGCCUGUCACGAUUAAGUCACUCGAGUUGACUUUCCAGCCCGGCGACCUGAUUGCCACCCCAGUUUUCUUCAUGCAUACGGAUCCGGAUCUCUACCCGGAUGCAACGACUUUUGACCCUGAUCGAUUCUUCGAUCCGGUGUCGAAGAAGUGUGUCCCACGUGCCGCGACUGCCACCGAUACUUACUUGACAUUCGGUCAAGGCACCUGCGCCUGUCCCGGACGUACUCUCGGAAUGAGAGCGGUCCUGAUAACGUUGGCCGAAAUCCUCAUGCGGUAUGAGGUCGAAUUUGCGGACGGCCGUCAAGACUUCCCCUCCAACGUGCUCACCUCGGGGUUCAACAUGUGUGAUCCCACCGUCAUGAUGCGGAUCAGAAAGCGGGAGUUUAUCAAGAAUUCAGUCAACGCCACCAAUCCUUGAACAUAUCCCUUCCAAGAGGCAGUGUGGGUUUUGAUUUUGGAGCGGUCUAGCUCGUCUGUGUGCGUGCUUAUGCAGU